GCCAACAUUCGUUCAUUCGCUGUGUCGUCUAACAAAUAUAUUUAAAUCGAAUUUUUCCGUACCAUAUUCCAUACGCAGCUUUGGCAGUUGACAUUCUUCCGUAUUUUGAAUUUACUCUGAGACCACAAGACCGUCGAUGCUGUUAUAUCGCUAUCUAUGCAGCACUUGUGAGCAGUGACGGAAAUCUUUUGCUGUUACAAUGAAUUCGCUAUGGCUUAUAUCGCCAGCUGUGAUAUCCUUCCUGGCCGUGAUGCUGCGGGAAGCGACAUAUGUUUCAGGAGAACUAUUUAUGGAUUCGGAUGAUUAUUUCAUGAUGGCACAGCUCAUGCGAUCCGCUGGCUGUAAUCACGCCGGUGGGCACGCCCCGGCGUCCUCUCAGCGGCUGGCGGCUGCCUCGAGUUCCGGAAGCGGAGGCGGUGGAUUAAUGGGCAACGCCCUGGGCAAUGCGUUGUUAGUUGAUAAAGUAAUGGAUCUAAAAGCUCUGCCCGCAAGGGAGAAUCCUGGUUCUCCAGAUUUCGUUAACAGCCCAAACAGCCCCGAAGUCAACAUGGGAGCCGCCGGACGAUCUGAGAUCCUUUCGGAACCGUCACACAAUGUGGAAAUUAUUGCCGCCCACUCUUCAAAUUCCACCGGCAACGCUACCAUUGAAUUUUCUCCAUUGCUCCUGGAAAACAGCACCGAUGACAAUGCCACCACCACCGUGUCACCGGUGACCCCCAUGCUGACGACAACUGUAGGACAGAAUGUUACCGGCGAAAUGGAGGCUAAUGCCAACACCACAUUAAGCUCCCUGAGCCCGGCACCAACCUUAUCCGAACCGGCAACCAUUGACCCAUCCGGUCAGCCUAGUCAGCCCAUCGAUUUCGGCGCGAAAUCCAGCCGCAAAGCACUGCGACGCAUGGGACCGGUGUUUUCCCGGCGGCGACGCUCGCUGUUUAAUGCCAGCGGCAAUGGAACGGCCGUGCAGCCGAUUAUGAACCGCAGUUCCUGGAUUAAUGGAGAAAUUAAUAACAAUGCUGAAAACAGCCCGAAAUCGGGUGACACGCGCCAGUUCGUCAUUCCAGUGCAGCCAGCGGUGUCGGCAUUCAAUAACGUUGGCGGGCUCAACAAUGCUCAGCAGACAAACAGCAAUGCCCCUUUACUGGCUGGCAACGUUCAGGGUUUAUUGCAACAAGCGUCCAGUAACGCACAGUACGUGGCACCCCAUACCACCGGUAUCGUGGGGAUUCCCUUUGGAUCCAUCAGCAUUAACCCUCAGCAGCAACAACUUGGCGCUACCUAUUCCGCUGGCCAAAAUGCGGGAGCAAACGGAUUACUCACUAACAUUGUGCAUACCGGCAUCCCUGGAAACAAUUUUAAUAACGGAUUGCUGGCGGCAGCACAAACCAAUCUACCGACAGGAAUGGUCGGCAUUGGGCGGUAUGGAUCUUCCAGCAAUAAUAAUUAUGGUAGCAACCAAGGGAGCAAUUAUAACAGCGGUAACAGCGGCAACAGCGGCAGCGGAAGCUACGGAGGCGGCGCUAGUUAUGGCAUUACUGGGUCGACGUACAGUGGUAGCGGAAGUGGUACCGGUACGAACGCCGCCAAUUACGGGCACAGUGGCGGUAAUUCCGGAUACGGCAAUAUGGGCAGCAGUAACAGCGGAAGUAACUCGGGAAACUAUGGCGGCGGAAGUGGUAGCGGCGGGAGUAGCUACGGAAGCGGAAGUGGUACCGGCACCAGUGGCAACUACGCUAGUGGUACUGGCGGUGGAAGUGGCAGCGGCGGUGGAAAUUAUAACAGCGGAAAUGCGGCGAGUAUGUAUGGCCAUUCCGGGGGUGGGAAUUAUGGGGGAGGUGGAAACAAUAACUACGGUAAUAGCGGGGGAGGUGGCGGCGGAGGCUAUGGAAACAGCGGCGGUGGCAACUACGGUAACAGCGGCGGUGGAGGGAAUUACGGGAAUAGCGGCGGUGGCGGUAAUUAUGGUAACAGUGGAGGUGGAGGAGGCGGUAACUAUGGAAACAGCGGGGGCGGCGGCGGCGGUAACUACGGAAACAGUGGAGGAGGCGGCAAUUAUGGAAACAACGGCGGUGGCGGUGGUAACUAUGGCGGCGGUAAUAAUGGUGGCGGCGGCAAUUAUGGCGGUGGUGGUGGAGGCGGUAACUACGGCGGCGGUGGCAAUUUUGGAGGCGGUCUUGGAAUGGGCUUCGGUGGUCUGGGCGGAUUGGGUGGACUGGGCGGUCUCGGUGGUUUGGGCGGGUUGGGCCUAGGCGGUUUGGGACUGGGAGGUCUAGGCGGAUUAGGUGGUCUAGGCGGCAUCGGAAGCCUCGGGCUACUAGGUUUGGGCGGACUGGGUGGACUUGGUGGCAUCGGGUCGCUUGGAUUGGGCGGACUGGGUCUGGGCGGUCUCGGUGGCCUUGGCGGUCUUGGUGGCCUCGGAACCCUAGGUCUUGGUGGUCUGGGCGGACUUGGCGGCCUGGGAGGUCUUGGUUUAGGCGGUUUCCCAACAGCGGGUCUCGGGUCGUAUGGAAGUCCCCUGGGAAUGGGCGGAACCAGCCUAGGCGGCUAUGGUGCUGGGAUGUCCACGUACGGAAUGGGAAGCUCAAGUUAUCCGAGCGGAUCCUACGGCAGCAGUGUUGGUAUCAGCCAGUACCCGAGCACGGGUACCGGAACGUACGGCAGCACCACCGGCACCUACGGAAUGCAGACAAUUCCGCAGUACGGUACGAUCAGUACGUCGUCCGGCACCGGCAUUCCUAGCGGAACCAUCAUAACCGGCAUUCCCAUUUCCACUACGGGAACGCUGGGAACUGGUACUGCCACAAUUAUACAGGGAGUUCCGGCAACGGCCACGCCGGUCAUCUCAUUUACCACACCUAAUCCAUUAGUCCCAAUAUCGCCCAUUGGAGGCGGAAUCGGAUCUGUUGACAGGUCCGGCACAGCCCGCAUACAUGCAUUUGGAAAUUUCGAAGAAAAUCCCAGUGAUUUUUUGACACGCCAAAGAUCCGUUUUCGGAAAUUCAAAUCCGGAAAAUAGCCACGCAGACAAUGCUGGUAAACUCGCCAUAGCUCGUUGGAGAUCUGACCAACUGCAGCAAAAUCUCCGCAACCUUCCCCAUUUAGCAAUAGGCUAAAUUAUUAAUUAUUGUCACGAUGCUGUUUUUCUUUCCUACGAAUUCUUUUUCGUGUAUUUUCGUGUAUACAAAUGUACAGAGUACGGUUCCGUUACUGAUCCUGAAUGUCUUGUUGUCAAGUAAGUAUUUCAAAUAGGUCAUUAGUCAUUGUUGCAAA